UUGUGUCUUUCCGAAGAAGAAAAGAUGUUUGAUAUUCUUGGACUCCUUUGCCUGAUUUGGUGGUGUAUGAUGCUAUUUUAUCCCUUGCAUGCUGACAUCCAGUGUAUGGGAUCAGAGCCACAAGAAUCAUCUAUUACGAAUGUGAAAAUGAAUUGGAAAAAAAUGGAACUCUCCUGGGAGAGCAGCAAGAAUUUCUCUAACUACAAAUGUACCAUCAUGAACAAGGCCAUGAAAUUUACAGACAUGGUGAAUAGUUCACUAUGCAGCUUUCCAGUGAAAGAAGACGUGCCUCUACACAAAGGGGUAUUCUUUAUCAUUGAAGUGACAAACACAAGCAUCUCAAAAAACUGCACCUUUCUCCCUGGAGGCAUGAAUGGGUCAGCCAUUGAAAACUUCUCCUGUGUGAUUUAUAACAUUUCCUUCAUGAACUGCACUUGGCAAGCGGGCAGGGAUGCUCCAGGAGAUACCCAAUAUUUUCUCUACUGGCAGAACUCAAGAUACGCUGAUGAGAUGGAAUGUGAGCUUUACAUUAAAGAUGAAAAUGGCAGGAACACGGGAUGUAGAUUCCAAAAUGUGAAGAUAGAGACUGAAAAAGCUUACUUCCUGGUGAAUGGGUCUAGCAAAGACUCCCUGAUCCAGUUCUAUGAUGAGUACAUUGAACUGUAUGAAAUUGAAAUACUCACUCCUCCAUUAAAUGUCACUGUCAAUUGUACUAGAGAUACAGCAGGUUGCAUAAUUACAUGGCAACCACCCCGCACAAGUCAUAUGGAAAAAGCAAAGUGUUUUCAGUAUGAAAUUAGCAUACAAAAUAAGGAUGAGAAAAGAGAAAGAGAGACAAAGAAUCCUCAAGUAAGGAUUGGGAGAUAUGAAUUCCAAAAUUACAAUGAGAAAAAAAAAUACAUUCUGAAAAUCAGAGCACGUGGAAGAAACUGUCUCGUGAGCUCAAAGUGGGGGGAAUGGAGUGAACCCAUCGAGUUUGGUCAAGGGAAAGAUUACUUUUUUUUGGUGUCUUCAUUUCUGAUAGCACUUGGAACAAUCUCAGUUGCACUGCUCCAAUAUUAUCUUUUCAAAAGUUAUUGCAGUUUCAAGAGCAUAUUUUCUCCCAUUCCAAAACCAAGAGACAAAUUUAAUACACCAACUGAUGAAGAUAUCCAGACAGAAUAUGUAAACCUACCAAAAAAAGUCUGUAUCACGGAAAUAACUAUGGUUGAAGAGAUGACCUAACUUUCCAAAAAGACAACAGGAAUUCCAAAAUUCCCCAACAGGAAAGCAAAUCAUGGAUCCUCCUGACGAUUCAGGAGUACUUCACAGCGCA